CACAGAUUCAGCAUGAGGCAAGCAACAGACCUGCUUCUUUUUGGUAUUCUUCUUUUUCAUAAAAGUUUCUACAAAGAAGCUGCCGCCCAGGUUUGUGGGACAGUUCCAGCUGUUUGUGGUCCAGACACUGAUGAAUACAGAACUUUCUCCGGAGAAUGCAAUAACAAAAUCUACACAUGGUACGGAAGUAUUUUUUCAGCGUAUGAUAACUUAACAUCCAAUAAUGAUGGAUUUGGUCCACAGAACAUGCCAAGAGCCAUAAGCGGUAAUAGACUUCCAAAUGCAAGAAGGGUACGUUCAAGGUGCCUUCCAGAUGAUACCAUGCUCCAACUUGAACUGGGCAUUUCCCGUUAUUCGACUGGAUAUUUACAAUUUAUGGCCCACGAUAUGAGCAGUGCUUUCUUUGCGAACGACAAUUUUUUUACCUGUUGCACACCUGAUUUCAAACUAUUGCCGAAUGCGCCAGCUUAUUGUAGAAGUAUUACGUUACCUGCAAAUGACCCAUUGACUUUAGAAUGUGGUAUAAAUUGUAUGCCAAUGGUGAGGACACUGACAAAUGUUGACCGAGGGUGCGAUCUAACUUCUCCUUAUACUAAAAAGAUAACGAGAUCAACAGCUUGUUUAGAUCUAAACAUUAUUUAUGGAAAUAGCAAAACAGAAAGUGACGAUCUAAGAAUAGCUGGCACCGCUUUAUUGAAAACCGAAAAUUAUCUCAAUUUUCCUUUUCCGCCACAAACCCGAGAUGAUGCCGAACGCGAGAUGUUUUGUUCUAUUUACGACGUAUCGACCUGCUUCAGAGGAGGUGAUAUAAGAAUGAAUCAGAACCCUGACUUGACCAUUCACCAUAUUCUUUGGAUAAGAUUUCACAACAUAGUUGCUAAAAUACUAGAGAAGCUUAAUCCAUGCUGGAAUUAUGAAAAAGUUUUCCAAGAGGCCAGAAAAAUUAAUAUUGCUGUGCAUCAAUGGUUUGUGUAUAAUGACCUGUUGCCCCAAGUUUUGGGCAGAGCGAACAUGUAUGAAAAUAGAUUGCUAUUUGAAAGCUAUUUUUAUUUAUAUGUUGACGAUUACGAUCCUUAUUGCAGUCCAAAUGUUCUUAACGAGUUUGCAAUGGUUGGGUUAAGAAUACUUCAUCCGUUUAUCACUGGUCAACUUGGCUUCUUUAAUGAACAACGACAACCAACGGGUUCAAUACCACUUAGCGAUUGUCUAUUAAAACCUCAAAUUACUAAAGAAAAAUUUCAACCAUUAUUAACAGGAUCGUUAACAGAAAGAGCGCACAAGAUGUGUCCGGAUUAUGACCCUGUAGUUACAAACAGAAUGUUUCAACGAUCACUGAAAUGUGGAUUAGAUUUGAUUGCAAUUGAUAUUCAGAGAAACAGAGAUCAUCUUGUACCAACUUACAAUAAUUUGAGAGUUCACUGCGGUUUGCCUAGGGCUAACAGUUUCGACGAUCUUCAUGACGUGAUGGACCCUUUGUCUAUUGAAAGGUUGAUUGAAUCGUACGUAUCGGUAGAAGAUGUAGAUGCAUAUGUGGGAUGUCAACUUGAAAGACCCGUGUCUGGUGCAAAGGUGGGUCCAACGGCAAAUUGUAUAUUGACAGAGCAGUUCAAGCGAGGCCGACGGUGCGACCGAUUUUUUCUCGAGCACUCUAAUGUCUUCACCAAUUACCAGCUAAAGGAAAUCAGAAGUUUCACCGUCGCGGCAUUUAUUUGUUUAACCAGCAAUUAUAUGGAUACGAUGCAGGCAGAUCCAUUUGCACCGCCAUACGGAUUAAUUAAUCCUGGAGGUUUUGAUGAAAGUUUAUGGUUUCAACAGGAUAUUGCGCCUCCGCAUUAUGCUGUAGAUGUUCCAAGAUACGAUCGAAUGUUCAACAGCCAGAUUGAGGACUUCCAAUCGCAAUCGAUUAUUUCCACUUCUUCACUCACAAUGGCUGACGUCAUAUUUCCGGUUGUUACCAGAACAUUAGAUCGUUAUGGGGUUUCAGAUCGUGCUGGAGUUGCAAUAAUUUCUGCAGCUUUUUACGACAUUGGUCUCAUUGCUGAAAAUGAUUCAUCACGAGUUAUAGACAAAAGUAGAGUUCGACGAGCUCCUUCGAACGCUAGGGCUACAUGA